AUGGGUAGAGGCAAAAUCGAAAUCAAGAAGAUUGAGAAUGUAAGCACCAGACAAGUGACGUUCUCAAAGAGGCGUGCUGGAUUGCUUAAGAAAGCGCAUGAACUUGCUGUUCUUUGCGAUGCCGAAGUUGGAAUCAUUGUUUUCUCUAAUACUGGUCGUCUUUACGAUUUCUCCAGUUCUAGCAUGAGGGGAAUUAUUGAUCGGUAUAAUAGGGCUACUGAACCAUCUACAUCACAAUUGCAGGUUGAGAUGAGGCAAGAACAAGCUGAGCUUGAAACUUUGAAAAAUGAAGUGGCAAGACUUAGAAGCGAAAAUGCGCGGUUGAUGGGCAAUAAUCUUGGGGGCACGAGUGUGCAGGAACUGCACAAAUUAGAGCAAAAACUGAAUGAUAGCUUAAUUUCUAUUAAAGAUAAGAAGGAUGCUAUGUUGUUUGAGGAGAUUGAAAGAUCAAAUCGCAAGGAGCGAGAGCUGGGCUAUGAGAAUGAAGUUCUUCGAGGAGAAAUUGAUAAGUUGACGCGGUUUAUCCCGUUAACUCAGCAGCCGAGUCAACCAGGUUUCCUAGAAUACACUCCUGCUGCUGCUGGGCCAAGUAGUAGUGCUGGUCUCUCGAGGCAGGACCGAGUUAGCCCUGAUACUGUGUGCUACUAUGGAUCUGACAACACAGAUUCAGAAACCGCACUUCAGUUGAGGCCGCCAUGCAGUGACCACUUGAAAAUGAAGGAGGAGGCGAAGAGAGAAAGUAGUUCGAGUCGUUCGUCUGAUAGUAAAGAUAUGGAGGAGUGA